UCUUUGUGCAUGUGUAGUCAACUUAAUCGUCAUAGAUUCAGUACUUAUAAUAGCACUUGAUAAAUUGAAGUGUUGACCGUGGGUUUAAAUUAAUUAAUUAGACUAGAAUAGAGUAUCGGCAGAGUCCAGUAAAAUGCAGGACUACGAGGAGUCAGUGUCGUUCCUGGGGACCUGGGGCCCGUUCCAGAGGAGAGUCUUCUUCCAGCUCUGUCUCACCUCCAUUCCAUGUGGAUACAACAUCCUGUCCGUCAUCUUCCUGCUGGCUAACCCCCCCCACCACUGCCACAUCCCCGCUAACAGCAACCUGAGCCAGGACUGGAUCCAGGCCAGCAUCCCAGUACAGGAGGUGGCCGGGAGGCCAGAGAGGAGCAGUUGUAGUCGGUACGAGCUGGACCUGGUGCUGAACCUGUCUGCAAUGGGAACCAGACUCAGCCAUGACCAGAUCCAGAACCUGUCUUUGCUGGGAUCAGGUCCAGAUAUCCUCUUCUCCAGCCUGAAGCAGGAGGGCUGUAAAGAUGGGUGGACCUACAGUACUGAGUACUACCAAUCUACUGUAGUCACUGAGUUUAACCUGGUGUGCGGUGACCAAUGGAAACAGCCUCUGACCUCUCUUGUCUACUUCCUGGGGGGACUGUGCGGGUGCUUCGUCUCUGGACAGCUCUCUGACCGGUUUGGUAGGAAGCCUAUUCUGUUCGGCUCCAUUGCCAUGCUUAGUGUCUGCAGCACCGCUGUGACUUUUGCUCCAACCUGGUCUGUCUUCACUGUGCUCUUCUUCAUGCUGGGCCUGGGACAGAUCGCCAGCUACGUAGCUGCGUUUGUACUGGGUUCAGAGAUCCUAAUUGGUUCGACCAGAGUUCUCUUCUCCAGCCUAUGUUUGCCUUUUAUGUAUGUGAUUUCUAUGACGCUGCUGCCUGGCACCGCCUACCUGGUCAGGAACUGGAGACACCUGUCACUGAUCAUGGCUGUCCCCGGCCUGGCCUGUAUCCCCCUGUGGUGGAUGAUUACAGAGUCUCCUCGCUGGUUGGUGUCUCGUGGCCGUUUGCAGGAAGCAGAACUCCUGCUGAGGUCAGCAGCUCUGGAGAACCGCGUGGAACCUCCACGUGUCAUCUUCCUGUCAGCCAGCGUUGAAAAGGCAACAAUCCAGAGGGCAGAGUCCCUCAGCUUCCUGGACCUGCUGGGGACCAAAAACAUUCGACAUAUCACUCUGAUGCUGUGGCUCAUCUGGUUUUCUUUGAGUGUAAGCUACUUUGGCUUGUCAUUCAACAUGUCUGGCCUCUACGGAAACCCCUUCAUAAACUACAUCCUGGUGUCGGCUGUUGAGCUCCCAGCAUACGUCACCAGCUGGCUGGCGGCACGCAGUCUUCCUCGUCGCCUGUCAUUUAUCAGCUUCACCCUGCUGGGGGCGCUAGCGCUGCUCCUCAUCCAAAUCACUCUGUACAGUCAUCCAGGUCUCACCUUGUCCCUGGUGCUGCUGGGUAAAUUUGGCAUUAUGGCCGGCACCGGGGUGUUGUACAUGUACACUGGUGAGCUGUCUCCCACAGUCAUCAGGAACACAGCCAUGUCAUCCUGUGCCAUGUUCUCCAGAGCGGGGUCCUCGGUUUCACCUUACCUGCUGCAGCUUGCCGUGUUCUAUCAGUUCCUGCCGUGGAUCGUUGUGGGUUCUCUGUCACUGCUCAGUGUUGUCCUCUGUGUCUUCCUCCCGGAGACCUUCAGGCAGCCGCUUCCCGACACCAUCCAACAGAUAUCGCCCACACACAGGUUCAGGUGGCCAGGGACCUCCACCCCUCCACCAAAGGAUGAAGGGAAGUCAGCUAAAGGCCAGACCACUGCACCUGAGAUCAUCUGCACAACUCACCUAUAAGACUCCUGACACACAAACAAAUGAGAACAAAACAAAAACAAAACUACAGACAACACCAAAACUGUCCAAAACACCCAAACUGUUAUAUUUUAUAAAUGAUUUUUUAUUCCAUUUUGUCAGGAUGGUAGUGUAGUUUUCUCUGUCCACUAGGUGGUGACUCGUGAACACUGCAGAGCCUUCGGUGAUGCAUUCACUGACACCUUAUGAAAAGUAACUAAUUUAUUGUAUUUUCAUACAGUAAGGGAAACUCGUGCAAGGCUUUGCUAAACUGAAUGUAUUUUUUCAAUCAAAGUCAAUGGAAAGAGUGAAAUCAGCAGAAUAUUUUAAAAAGGGUUGUUUAACAGAACACAGCAGGUUACUUCACUUACUGUAGAUGAAGUCUACUGUGUUGCUGCUCACGGAUUGAAACACUGAUGCAUUAUUUCACCUCAACUAAGUUCUAUUUAUAUAGCACCAAAUCUUAACAUACAUUAUCUCACAGCACUCUACAGAGUAAAGUCAAGACCUUACAGUAUUAUAGCGAGAAACCCAACAGUUCCCACCAUGAGCAAGCACUUGGCUACAGUGGAGAGGAAAAACUCCGUUUUUAACAGGAAGAAACCUCCAACAGAACCGGACUCAGGGUGGGCGUCCGUCUGCCUCGACCGGUUGGACGGAAAACAUGACAUGAAUGCGAAUGUGAGAGUCAGUCUAAGUAUGAAUAUGAAAGACGAAAGAAGUUUAAUUCAUAAACAUGAAUUUAAGGUGAAUGUGAAAAUUAACAUGAAUGUGUGUCCUGUAAAGACUCCAGGAGGUAAAAUUAA